GAUUAAGAAGAAAAAAGGAACAAUCUUUAUUGCUACUCUCUCUUAAGUAUGCAUUUCUUCACUCAAAACUAACACAUACCCCCCCCCCCCCCCCUCUUCAUUUCUGCUUGAAAUAAUCAAAGCUUCAAUGGAUACAUCUCACACAUGUCCUUCUUUCAAGUCAUUGUCCAACAAAAUUGGAGGAAUACUAUGUUGUACCAAUUCAUCAAAUCGAUACGAAAGGUUAGACAGUCGACUCGAAAGAAAAAUGGUGGAGGCCAAGAACAACAACAUACAAACACACAACACUUUCCGAUCUAUGGAUAGCAUAAUACUAAGGUUUCCUCGGUUCAAAGAGGGACUAAAGGAGAUCCAAAGCGUUUUUGAAUUAUACGAUGAAGAUUCAAAUGGAACCAUUGAUAAUGAGGAACUAAAGAAAUGCUUACAAAAGUUGCAAUUCGAAUGUACCGCGGAGGAAAUUAGAGAUCUUUUUGUGUCUUGUGACAUUGAUGGGAGCAAUGGGAUACAAUAUAAUGAGUUCAUUGUUCUAUUGUGCCUUAUUUAUCUUCUAGCCGGUCCUACUUCCUCGUCUAAUGCGACACCAACAGUGGGGUCUUCCGAGCUCAAAGCAACAUUCGAUACCAUAAUCGAAGCUUUCUUAUUUCUCGAUAAAAACGGUGAUGGAAAGCUAAACAAGAAGGAUGUGAUCAAGGCUAUGAAUGAAGACUUCCCAAUGGAGAAAUCGCCGACACAUAUCACCAAAACCCGAUUUAAAGAAAUGGAUUGGAACAAGGAUGGUAAGGUGAGCUUUAGAGAGUUCAUGUUCUCUUUGAUUGAUUGGGUUGGAUUUGAUCAUGAUAUAUAAACCAAGGGUGAUCAUGAGUGAGAUUAAUGUGAAUAUGUGAUAUAUGCAAAGUUUAGCUUUGUGAAAUUAUUAGUUCUGAGCUUGGUAUCUUUCUGUUAUUUUGUGAAGUUUGUUAUGUAUUAAAGAAUUUCUACAUUUUUUUUUUCAUGAAACAAUUAAUGAUUUUAAUGUAUAUGUGCAUGUUUGUUUA